AAGUUAUCCCUACUGGGACAGCCCCGCCCAUCUGAAACGGAUGCAGUUGGUGAAAGCCCCACCCAUCUAUGACCAAAAAGGAGGACAGGUGUAUUUACCUGUGGCUUGGGGCGUGUCUUCACGCCAGUCGUACUUGAAGCCAUGUUGGUGGAAACCCUGAGAAACUUUUUGAGGACUCUUGUCCAUUUCCAACAUUGUUUUCCCACUUUGUCUUGAUGAGGACAGUGACUGAGUCGCUGCAGGACAGAACACCUGAGCGGCUUUCUCUGGCAGGUGGUUCUCUUUAGGCUCCUCGUUUUCACCUCUGUUCACGUUCAACGCCCUCUUGCUGUCUGCCCAACUGGUUCUAUUUCUAAACGACGUGUCUGAUCUCGUGUAUCUGUCUUCAAUCUGCCCUCUCGUCUGCGUGUCCUCAGGCAGGCUGUAAUUCUCCAUCUUGGGAGACUUUACCCACUCCUGUUGUCUGGGUCUGUCACAACGUCAACUUUUGAAGUUAGAAUUGUUUUAAAAGUCAACAAGUACUUAAGUUUACAUGUUAAUAAUUUCAUUUGCCAAGUAUGUCAAAACAGUGAUGAUAGUGAUGAUAAUUCGAAGUGUCGUGUUUGGGUGACGUCAUGCAGCUCGUCUAUAAAAGACGUUAGUAUUAGGGAAAUGCCAUUAAUUGUUAUGCUAUGCUAACAUGCUAAUGAAGGCUAGCAAUUAAACUUGAUCAAAAACAAUGAAAGGCGUUUUGAAAAGUAAAAUUUAACUAACCGCUUAGAACGUUGGUCCUGUCGAGUUGUGGUUGAGGUGUGUUCGCCAGGUGACUGACAGGUAAAGUCCUCUUAAAGGGGAAGUCUUAAUAUUUUCUGAAAGCUGCUGGGUAACCUUUUACUUUUGAAAAUGCUGUUGUAAGUUCACAAAUGUGAAACUGCCAAGGUUGUACUGGUUCUGUUUGUUAGUUAAAAUGACUUAUUACAAAGUGCAAGGUUGUACUGGUUCUGUUUGUUAGUUAAAAUGACUUAUUAUAAGUGACUUAAGUGUUUUCAGUUGUAUAACUGAUGUCUUUGUGACGUUUACACAGAGCAACUUGAUGCCCUCAGUGAAGAUAUAAACAUGAAAUAAAUGUAAUUACAGUUCCAGCUUUGGUCACCGGUAAGCUAAUGAAUUUGUAAUUUCAACAACUUCUGACAUAUUUCGUUUGCCCUUUUAACCUGUAGCUUUGUUGCCGAGUCAGAUCCAAUACACAAAUGUAUAAUAUAUACAGUUUAUAUAUGAUACAUUACAUGCCACUUUUGAAUGAAAUAGUUACCUUUAUUUCUGUGCAUUUGUCUUUUUUUAUACACCAGCGUACACCGGUUGGGUGGUGUUAGCACGGCGGGUUCCACGUCAGCAAGUGUCGCGCAAUCAUCCAUUUGUUGCCAUGUUUGUUGCCGUAACUGUCAGCCACGUGACCUCUGUUAGAAAUCUGAAUGGUUGUGGGGUGUCACGUGAUCAACUGACACGCUGCCAUGGCGAUGAAGUCAACCACCAGGCUUCGGCUCGUCCGUAUAUCAAAAUCGAACCCGUCUGGCGUGUCCUAGGCGGGACUAGUUAUACGACCGGCUAAGGGAUUGGUUGAAGGCGCCAACAGUGCUUUGACCUCUGAUUGGACACAAGUGCAGACACCAGCUGUCAGUCCCAGUCAAGCACCGCCCCUGCGUUCAGACCGCAGACUGUUUCUGGACCGGGACCCAAACCUUGGCUGAUUCCGGCAGAUAUCGAUCAGUGAUCGGUGAUUGAUUGGUCCACUUGGAAGGACGGACGGGAUGUCCCGGCUGCUGGAGGGAAGGAAGGCAGACAAGAUGAAGGACAUGAACGUAAAGAACAAAGAGAAAGAGCGUCAGAAGGAGCGGGAGAAGGAGGCUCGUUCCAGUAAAGGUCACCUCUUCACCUCCCUCACCGUCUCCUCCACCACCUUGUGUUCAGCCUGCAACAGAAGCAUCACCGCCAAGGAGGCGCUCAGCUGCCCCGCAUGUAACGUCACCAUUCACAACCGCUGCAGAGACAGUUUGGCUAGCUGUGCCAAGAUGAAGCAGAAGCAACAGAAGCUGGCGAUGGCGAGGAACAGUUCUGCCCUUCAGAACGUGGCUCUGCGGACAAAAACCCCGAUGAUGAAGGAGCGCCCCAGCUCGGCCAUCUACCCGUCAGACAGCCUGCGCCAGUCUCUGCUCGGCUCACGGCGCGUUCGCUCGGGCCUGUCGCUUGGCAAGAGCGUCUCCACUAAUAACAUCGCUGGAGUCAGCGAGGACCCUGUGGGUCUUAGGCGGAUUCUGUCUCAGUCCACCGAGUCUCUGAACUUCAGGAGCAGGACAUUGUCCAUGGAGUCUCUCACCGACGACGGAGAGUGGUGGUGGAGCCCCCUGCUGGAGGAGCUGCAGAUGGAGGGCCGCAGUGUUCAGGCUGACAGUUGGAGUCUCGUUGUGGAGCCAAAAUUUCUGCAGACACUCCAUAAAGACGUCAUCAAACAACAGGACGUCAUAUACGAGCUGAUUCAGACGGAAUUUCACCACGUGCGGACGCUGCGGAUCAUGGAAGGCGUGUACAGGCGGGGGAUGCUGGAGGAGGUGAUGCUGGAGGCGGGCGUGGUUCACACCAUCUUCCCGUGUCUGGACCAGCUGCUGGAACUCCACUCGGCCUUCCUGUCCCAACUUCUGGCCAAGAGGAAGCACGGCGCCGUGGAGGGAAGCUCCACCAACUUCAUCGUCCCAAAUAUCGGAGAGUUGCUGCUCGCACAGUUUUCAGGUCAGUGUGCAGAAGACAUGAAGAAAGUAUACUCAGAGUUUUGCAGUCGUCAUCCCAAAGCUGUGAAACUCUACAAAGACGUUCUAAUGCGGGACAGAAGACUCCAGCAGUUCAUCAGGCGUGCCUGUCGUGGUCCUCUACUGCGUCGCCAUGGCGUCCAGGAGUGUAUCCUGCUGGUCACCCAGAGGAUCACCAAAUAUCCCGUUCUCCUUCAGAGGCUCCUCGACAACACCAAAGGCAGCGAGGAGGAGGCGCAAGCUCUUAGCCAAGCAUUGCGCCUCCUCAAGGAGCUGAUCAGCUCAGUGGAUCAGGAGGUUCUGGAGCUAGACCGGACCAGGAGGCUGCAGGAGGUCCAAGCUCGGUUGGACCCCCGUGCACAAGCGGAGGUCCGGGGCGGAGGCGUGUUUCGAGGAGGGGAGCUGCAGCGAAGGAGGCUCCUCCAUGAAGGAAUGCUCUUCUGGAAGGUCCAAGGCUCCAGGAUGAAAGAUGUUCAGGUGUUGCUGAUGUCGGACAUCUUGGUAUUCCUUCAAGAAAAAGACCAAAAGUUCACGUUUGCAUCCUUCGACAAGUCUCCCGUGGUCUCUCUCAACAAGCUGAUCGUCAGAGAUAUAGCCAAUCAGGAGCGAGGGAUGUACCUGAUCAGUGACUCCACCCCCCCUGAGAUGUACGAGCUGCAUGCUUCCUCUAAAGACGACCGCCGCACCUGGAUGACCCGGAUCCAGCAGGCUACACUCAGUUGUCCAUCCAGAGAGGAAUUUCCUCUGAUCGAAACUGAAGACAAGGCUUUGCUGCGACGACUCAAAGCCGACAUCUUGCAGAAGGAUCGGGAGGUGCUGGAGCUGCUGCAGGAACGCGUCACCUUGUUCUCCGAGCUCGUGGAGGCGACAGGUAAAGGCGAAGCAGGAGACGCCAGCACGUCCUCACGGUCUUCCAACAGGAACUUGUUUCGAGCGGACACCGCUCACACUCCUCCCGCUGAGCCGCUGCUCGCCGCCGCCAUUUCUGAAGUGGACAAACUGAGCCACCUGCUGGCAGGAUCCAGCAUCACAAAAGUGUCCAUCGCCAAUGGCAACCAGGAGCUAACUAACGGUGAACCCGCGGCACUCAACGGUUCUUUGGAGCUGAACAUCAGCUCUUCAAAGGACACAAACGGAAACCAGCUGCAAGAAAAGACAUUAAAAGAGGAAGUGUGUCAGCGUCUGGUCAGUUUGAGCACGCAACUUCACGCCCUUCAGGCUGCCGUGAUUCGUCAGGACUCCAUGCUGGAGCUGUUUGUCAGAACGACCCCCGCCACCGGCCCGGCCUCGGGCCCCCGCCUCAAUCGGUCCGUGUCACGGGAUACGGGCCUGGAUGGAAGCGGGGAUGUUGCGCUGCUGCGGCGGCAGCUGGAGCUUCUUCAGGAGGAAGUGACACGGCUGCGUCUCAAGGAAGGGGAGCCUCUAAAAGAGGAGGCGGAGCCAGGCAGCAGGAGGAGGAGCAAUGGAGAGCGCAGCGAUGUCAUCAAGGGGGAACAGGCGAGGAGGAGGCGGGGCAGCAGAGAGCAGGAACCACACCCCCUCGCUCCACUGGCCACUCAUGACCCGGUCGACCAAUUAGACGGCGUUCAGGAAGGAGAUGAGGAAGACGUCGUGAAGAUUUCCCCUCGCUCUGACAGCCCCAGAGACCUGCAGGACAUUCCAGAAGAAAGCGAGUGUGGAGCAGAUCCAAGUUAAUGGCUCACUGUGACGUCACGGUGACGCCACUGUGAUGUCACAGCUAAACAAGGAAAAUUUAGCUGUCGUGAUGUCAUUUCCUGCUGCAGAAACAGCUGUUUCGCUCUUAAAACAGGAAGUGUGUCAUCGGAGUGGGCAGAGCUAAUGACUGUAAAAAUCCCACUAAAAGAGAUUUGGACAGGUGACAUGUGGACACUAUUUAUUUAUUACGUAAAUGUAGUUUGUUGGUUUUUGUAGAAAAGACAACAUUUAAUGCAUGAUGUCCAUGAAAAAAAGAGGUGAAAAUGGCCUCGUUGGUGUUUAUUGUUGCUCUGUGUUAUUAGAAUAGCUGAAACGUAACAAAUCAAUGAAGGAAACUGGAGACAUGGACACAAAGUCACAUGACACGACUUGAAGACCAAAUUGUUGUCACCAACUUCCUGUGACUUUCAGCUGAUCCCUCUUAUGCAUUUUCCUCAAGGUAGAGCAUUUUUUUUCGCAAGAGAAAUAUGUACAUUAUUUCUAAGUUCUUCAUAAAAUAUCACCUAA